AUGGGGGUAGCCCAAGCCGUCCGCCGUCUGAGUGAUGGCGGCAGGGCAGGAGAGCUUCAAGAAGAGGCAGUGGAAUCCCCUCCCAGCUGCCCAAAUGGCAAACCUGUUGUCGCCCAGCCGCACAACCGUUUCGUGAAGAAGGACGGCCACUGUAACGUACAGUUUAUCAACAUGAGCGACAAGGGCCAGCGGUACCUCACCGACAUCUUCACCACUUGCGUGGAUAUCCGUUGGCGAUGGAUGCUCGUCCUUUUCUGCCUCUCUUUUGUGCUUUCCUGGCUUCUCUUUGGCUUCACCUUCUGGCUCAUAUCUGCGCUGCACGGGGACCUCGGUCCGAAGGUCCCGCAAGCCCCCAAGCCCUGCUUCUCUGAGAUCACCAGUUUCAUGGCUGCCUUCCUCUUCUCCCUGGAGACCCAGACGUCCAUUGGGUACGGCUUCCGCAGCGUGACGGAGGAGUGUCCCUCCGCCGUGGUGGCCGUCGUUAUGCAGUGCAUAGCGGGGUGCAUCCUUGACGCCUUCAUUGUCGGUGCCAUCAUGGCCAAGAUCGCCAAGCCCAAGAAGCGCAACGGGACCUUGGUCUUUAGCGAGACUGCUGUCGUGGCUAUGCGCGACGGCAUGCUCUGCCUCAUGUGGCGGGUGGCCAAUCUACGCAAGAGCCAUCUGGUGGAAGCCCAUGUCCGGGCACAGCUACUGCGGUCUCGAGUGACCCCUGAGGGGGAGUACAUCCCCCUGGACCACGUUGAUGUCAACGUGGGUUUCGACAGUGGUACUGACCGCAUCUUCCUGGUGUCCCCAGUGACAAUCAUCCAUGAGAUCAACGCUGAAAGUCCCUUCUACGAGUUCGGCCCUCCCGAGCUGGCUAAGGGUGACUUUGAACUGGUGGUCAUUUUGGAAGGCAUGGUGGAGGCGACGGCAAUGACCACGCAGUGCCGCAGCUCUUACCUGCCCACCGAGAUACGCUGGGGCCACCGCUUCGAGCCCGUGCUCUUUGAGCGGCGGGGCCACUACGAGGUUGACUACCAGCACUUCCACCGCACGUACGAGGUGCCAGGAACACCGGCUUGCAGCGCUAAGGAGCUGAGCCAGCGCAAAUACAGGGCCCCUCCCGCGGGGGCCACUGCUGCCCGUGCCUCCUUUUGCUACGAGAACGAGGUGGCGCUCAGCUGCUGCCGCGAAGAAGAGGAGGAGGAAGAGAAGCAGGUGAGCCGGCGGGUGAGCCUGGAGAAUGAAACGGACACUGCCACAUGA